CGCAAAGUGUCAGAUGUUCAAAUGUUAAAUUGUUACCAGUAGCAGGACUUGCGAUAUAGCGUGCAUGUACGACUUGUAGAGAUCUACACGAACAGGUGAUUUGCCGCCGACCAGGAGGUUUAGGACACUAUCCUUGUCUUCUACUUAAAGAAUAAUCAUUGUAAUACUUAAUAAGAGUGGUUUAAAUAAUCAUUGAUCGGAUAGAAAAGACAUACGCUGGUUUAACGGAAUUUAAAAAUCGAUAUGAGUACAAGUGUUGCCAAGAAAGAGGGUGGACCUCUUGGCCGAAAGCAAUCACUGAUGCCGGACGCGGCAGCCCGGAAGCAGUCCAUGAUCCCGCCGGACGCUAGACGUCCAUCCGUCAUUCCGCCAGACGCAAGAAAAGCAUCUUUUGAUCCGCAGCACGGCGCGGCCGGACGUCGGCCAUCAGUGAUGAUGAUGGACCACGCCAGAAGACCCUCUCAGGACCGGAAACAGUCCAUCGUGGAAUCGACCACGGGCCGGUCCACCAUGAUCAUGACGUCAGCACAUACACAUCGACCAAACGUUCGUUAUGAAAAUACGUAUAAAACGGAACCUGACGUCAAAUUCAGGAGUGCUGAGGUUAGAGACACUAUCAAGGACAUUUUUGAACGUGACCUUGGUUCCAUGGUGUAUGACAAGGAAAAAUGCAUAAGUUUAACUACAACAUUAUCAGAGAAAAUCAAACACCAAGUGAAGAUUCUAGGGUUUCCUCGGUAUAAGAUUGUGGUGGUAGUGGCUAUAGGACAGACUGAGACCCAUCCCUCCAUUGCAUUUACCAGUCGCUGCAUCUGGAAUCAAGGCACAGACAAUUUCUCAGAAUACACAUUCAAAAACGCAUCUCUGUACGCAGUUGGACUGGUAUAUGCGAUGUACAUGGACUAACGAAGGUGCUCUGUGAAAGGAUAGCAACGAAAUGAAAUGUGUUAUUUAAUUAUCGGCCAUAAUAUGUGUUAUUUUACAUAGAUAAUGUACACAAACACUUAAACAGUGCUGUGUCGCAUGAGUAUUGGAGCGACUGUAUAUAUCUUCAGUCCCAUGCAUCCCUUAAGCCUGUUGUAAAAGGUUUUAACAGAUUAUGGUUUGCCGUUGAAAAUGUCUAUAUAAUUGAGUUGUGUCUAUUUAUUUCCUAUUGGUGUGUCGAAUUUGUUGGAGAGACCCAUAAAUUCUUAUGUGAACUAUUAAUUGAAAUUGAAAGCUAUUGAAAUCUUUGAGUUGACAGGUUCUCUAGCUUUAAGCUUUUAAACAUUUUUCUUUCCUUCAUGUAAAAUUUUGGUCCACUUCAUUGAUCUGACAAUAUGCAACCCUUCCAUAUUGCCUGAAUGAACCUUUCUGAAUAACAGAGGGAAAAUCUAUAUCAUAUUAUUUGUUUUAUUCCUGCAAUAAAUAAAAUCAUAAAAAGAAAA